AUGAAUCAAGCCAUUUGGCUUAGGAAGUUGCUAUGUGAUUUGAAUGAAGAACGACUUGAGCCUCAUCAAAUUAUGGUGGAUAACCAAUCAGCUUGCCAUCUCCAAAAUCCUGCUUUCAUGGAAAAACCAAACAUUUUAAGCUCAAGUUUUACUUUGUUCGAAGUUGUUCAAUCCAAAGAAGUAUCAAGGAGGAGUGUUGAGCAUUGGCUCAGCAAUGCAACAAACUUCCAGCAGCAAGAUGUUUUUUAUCAGAUGAAGUCUGUGAAAGAAUUGAGUGGCCAAAGCUGUCAGAUAUGCGGAGAUGAGAUUGAGAUUACAGUGGAUGGAGAGCCCUUCGUUGCCUGCAAUGAAUGCGCUUUCCCUGUCUGCAGAACCUGCUAUGAAUAUGAGAGAAGAGAGGGAAACCAAGCUUGCCCUCAAUGCAAAACCAGAUACAAACGAAUCAAAGGUAGUCCUAGGGUUGAAGGUGAUGAAGAAGAAGAUGACAUAGAUGAUCUGGACAAUGAGUUUGAUUAUGGCACUUUGGAUCCUCAACAAGUUACUGACGCCAUGCUCGCUGCACGCCUUAAUGCUGUCCGUGGUUCCCAGCUUAAUAGUUCUCGAAUGCCUGCACACUCAGAACUAUAUUCUUCUCCUCCUAGUUCUCAAAUUCCUCUCUUGACCUAUGUUGAGGAGGUUAGUUUUUCAUUUAAGCUCUAUUUAUAUGAAUUUCUAUAUUAUGGAUUUGACUUUUAACUUGUUCAAAGGCUGAGCUAUUUGCCUAGGUCCGA